GAGCCGGGAGUGUCACACUGUGGACUUGGCUGACUUGUUGCGACGCUUUCGGGAAAACAAUGUAUUUUUGUGAAAAUAAAAAUUAGUUAGCUAAACAACAUAACAAAAACAGUCGGGAACAUAGAGGCUCCGUGACAGAAAAAAAGCACGCAGGAUGGGCGAGGGCGUGGACACCGGGUUUAAAACUACUGGAUCCAAGUGGCUGCUGCCUGCCAGUGAACUCUUGGGCUUUCCUCUGGAUCAGGUGAAUUUUCUGGCGUGCCAGCUGUUUGCCCUGGCUGCUGCCUUCUGGUUUCGUCUCUACCUCAGUCCUAGCCAUGCCAAUCCUCUGGUCAGGCACGCUGUGGCCACUCUUCUUGGCAUUGUCUUUCUCAUCUUCUGCUUUGGAUGGUACUCAGCUCACAUCCUGACAGUGGUGGUUGGAAGUUACUUGAUUAUAAUCAACGCUGACAUCAACAAUGUGCACAGGUAUUCCAUGGUGACAGUUAUGGGCUACUUGACAGUGUGCCAAGUGAGCAGAGUCUUCAUCUAUAACUAUGGAGUUUUGUCCACUGACUUCUCUGGGCCUUUGAUGAUAGUUACCCAGAAGAUAACUACACUGGCCUUCCAGCUCCAUGAUGGUAUGUGUAAGAAAUCUGAAGAUCUGAACGCGGAGCAGAAGACUCUGGCCAUAAAUGUUCGGCCUUCUCUCAUCCAGUACCUGAGUUACAAUCUGAACUUCCUGAGUAUCUUGGUGGGACCAUGCAGUAACUAUAAGGAAUACAUAGACUUUAUAGAGGGCAGACACAUCAGCAGGAGGCUCAGGCAGCACUCUGGGACAUGUAAUGGGCAGAACGGCUAUGAUAAGACACCGGAGCCUUCGCCUAAUAAUGCUGUCUGUAGAAAACUGCUGGUCUGCACCGGAUGUAUGCUGUUCUUCCUCACUGUGACCCGAGCUUUGCCAAUAAUGUACAACGUGGACCCUCAGUUUGUAAACAAUGCCCCCUUCCUCACAAGGCUCACCUACGCCUUCUUCUCCAUACAAGCAGCAAGGCCUAAGUUCUACUUUGCCUGGACGCUAUCUGAUGCUGUCCACAACGCAGCAGGAUAUGGUUUCUUAGGGAUGGAUGAAUAUGGGAAGCCAUCUUGGGACCUUAUCAGCAACAUUAACAUCUUGGGGAUUGAGACUGCAACCAGCUUCAAAACAUUCAUAGACAACUGGAAUAUUCAAACAGGAAUUUGGCUCAAAACGGUGUGUUAUGACCGAGCCCCAAGGCACAGGUUGGCGUUGACUUUCAUCCUGUCGGCCCUGUGGCACGGUGUUUAUCCCGGGUAUUAUUUCACCUUCAUCACUGCCAUCCCCAUCACCAUGGCAGCACGAGCUGUACGGAAGUCUGUCCGCCACUACAUGCUGAGCUCCAGAGGCUUGAAGCUGGGAUAUGACAUCUUAACCUGGGCGACCACCCAGCUGGCCAUCUGCUACACGGUUAUGCCUUUCCUACUCCUCGCAGUAGAGUCCACUUUGGUGUAUUACAGGUCUAUGUAUUUCCAUGUUCACAUCAUCAGCAUUCUGGCUGCGAUCGCCCUGCAUCGGAAACACAAACCCAGUGAACUCUCUGCAACCAACAAAACAUUUUCCUCCUCCUCCUCUUCCUCCUCCUCGUCUCCGUGCCCAGCACAGUGCCAGCCUAUUCACUCCAACAACAACAACAAAGUGGACUGAAAAUCCCUUCUUCACUUUCUCUUACCGGGCUCAAGAGGUGUUCUCUCAGAGACAAGUGAAUAUCCCUAAAGGGCAUUUAGCAAACUUAAAAUGGGAAAACCUUAUUUAUUUUAAGGGACAAUACAGAGUUAGUGAAGAAAACUUUUAUAGUACAAUGCGAUGAAUCACUUUAACAUAUGACACUGGACAUGCAUGGAGAGACUGUUUCUGCAAUCUUGUAGGAUUAUCAAGAUCAGAACCUCAUUCUGAUUCUAAGACAGCAUUAGCUGUCUCCACCAUCGCCACCACCAGGACACUGACCUCCUCCACCUACCCCCGCUCUCCCCCCUCCAUAUCCAUCUCAACACCAGCCUGCCCCCUCCAACAACAAUGCAACAGUGUGAAGAGAGAAAGGGAGCUCACUUUCUUCCCUGCCCUCGAUCUGCACUGUCCUGCCCAUUGGUGGGACCUAAGCCAGCACAGUAGGAGAGAAGCUCCUAAACAGGACACACACACACACACACACACACAUACACACACACACACACACACACACACACACACACACAAAUAUGCACAUACUUUCUUCGACGCGCUCGUACUUUGUCACACUCUGAUGGCAUACAAUGGCUGCUCUUGUGUGGCUACAACAAAAGAGCAUACCAAGAAGAGUGAGAGCCCUGGUGUGUUUGUGUAGGAGUGUGUGUGUGUGUGUGUGUGUGUGUGUGUGUGUGUGUGUGUGUGUGUGUGUGUGUGUGUGUGUGUGUGUGUGUGUGUGUGUGUGUGUGUGUGUGUUUCUCUCAUUGUUAGUUUUUUACUCUGAGUGCAACACCACUUGAAAUACCAAUAAGACCAUGAUGCAGCUCUCAGACUGUCCAGUGAAACUACUAAUGAAGUAUUUUAGUGUAGGAUGGCAGCUCCUCCAGGUGAGGACACAUGUCCAUUCUGUAGAAAAUAGUAUUUUGUCAUACAUUUUGUAAUUUAGAGAUUUGUAAACAUCAAUGAUUUUUUUUGUUGUUGUUUAGCAUUGCACAAUUGUUAGAGAUUGUGUAAUGUAUGAGCACACAGUUGAAAGCAAAGGCACACGAUUACAAUGAUUUAAUGAACAUAUUCGCUCCACUUACCAUAAGAUAUAUCCUUAUAUCCUCAAUAGGCAAGCAAUAGGUAAUUGAAUCAUCACAUAAUCUUUAUGUGUCAAUACUCUAUCAUGUAAAUGGUGCUGGAUACCUGAUAUCAUGAGGAAGAGUAAGAAUUUGGGGGGUGUUAGCAUUGCACACUAAAAUAAUUUAUAACAUGACAAAAAAUAGGAAUUAAUAUGAAAUGCAUCUCUUCUCAGCAGGACCAUGGUUUCGUUUUUAUUCAGUUUCUUUGUGUGGAAAAAUACAUUUGGAAACUAGAUUUACCCGAGCCUACAGCAGCUGCAGGUUGAUUUAACAGAGACAUCUGCUGGUGGUUCUGAACUCUGCUGAAUGAAACACUAAAGUGAGCCAACUCUGACUGAAACUGCCACACUGCAGCAUCUCCCAAUGAAACUUCAUACCCACUAUGAACAGAAAGCAUAUUUUUCUACUGAUUUUGCUAUUUCCCUCCACAAUUCACAUGUCUUCUCUUCACUGGAUUUUACUUUUGCACAAUCGAAGAUGAUGAAACAGAAGAUGUUGCUUUUGAUUGGACAUGAGCUUGACACAGUGAACACAAAAAAGUGACCUUAAGUUAGAAAGUACAAUUGUUAUUUUUCAUUGUCAAAAAGUUAUCACUCCUGAGGUUUGGGAGCAUUGAGAGUUUUGAAAGUGGCACAGUGGCCUGGUUAUUAAGGGUCUUACCUGCUGCAGGCUAGCAUGUUAGCCUUUAACUACAUUUAUGGGUGGGGUUAGUUAUAAUAAGGUGUGCUAACAAUGCUAACAAGUUGCAAUGCAAUAAUAUUUGUUUGUGUUGCAUCUAUGUGCCUGGGGAGGAAAAAUGACAAUACACUUGAAAAUGUCAGACUUUUUCUUUAGGUGCAUUAUAUAAGAUCCCCUGAUGAGCAUUUUAUGCCUUUAUGUAUACAGUAGCAUGUGAAGUUGAACGGUAUGCUAAUCUGUUUAAUCAUGUGGGAAACACAAUCUGAAUGUUUUUCAUUACCUGGUUUGAUGUUUUAUCUUAAAAUGUGGCUGAGUUUACAACUGAGAAAAUGUGUAUUUCCUUGUUUUGGUUUGCAUAUUUGCUCAACCGUCUCACAAGGGGGGAUUUAAGGGGUUCAAAACAGGUGAAUUUAUUUAAACUUUUGUGAGUCUCCUAUGGCAAAUUAUAAGAAAUCUCAAAAUUCCCAAAGUACUUUUUAGGCGAUUGUGGCAAUAUUUUAUUUUGGUUUAUUGUCUUAAUUUCUAACUGCACAUUAGAACCCCUGUUGGAGUUAAUGAAAUGCCAGUAAUGACUGCUCUCAGGACCUUUGCAAGAGGCUGGCAGGUACAACAAUUUAGAAAUUAAGUAAAAAUAUCUAAAUGUCUAUGGUAAUACAGUUUGUUUAUGUAUCAGCCAUUGCAGCAACAGUAAACUUCCCAAGAGCCUGAGAACUCUGCCCAGGUAUGGUUUCGCUAUAACAUAUUUUGUGAAACAAGCUAUUAUUAACUAAUAUGAAACCAGGUGUAAACUCAAAACGUGUUGUUUUUAUCACUGUGAUCUCCACGCCACUGUACAGUUUGCAGGUGUUUUUAGUUCAGGUAAAAUGAGUGACCUGAAUGACUGUGUUGUCAGAAUGAGCAGCUAAUUGAGUGACAAAUACUGAUUAUAAAGGUAUUUUUAUAUGUUAUUUUACAGAUGUAUGCAUGAUCAAAUAGACUGUAAGAUUGUGUUGUCCUGCAUUUUAGUAUUGUUUGAAUGAAUGGAGGAAAGAGUGAGUGGUAUUAAAAGAUUUGAGUAACAAAUAAAGCUUGAGAUAAACACAUUUUUAAUUGUCUCAUUUAAAACAUAAUUUAAGUUGUUACAUAAUUAAAAAUAGAAUACAGAAUGACAAACUAUUGAGAUGUUUUAAUUAUAAUUAUUAUGCAUAAGAUGCAUGGCAAGGCUGAAUGUCUCAUAGAAAGAAGGAAGGAAGGAAACCUAUAUUUAAUUGAUGAACAAGUGUAAUUUAAGUUGUUAACUUAAAGUAUGAUACUGUAUGUGAUAUAAAACAACACAUAGGCAUAAUAUAAGGUCAUAAAGUCCUUAAGAAUGAAGUCAUGGCUUGGAACACAUUGUAUUUUUCACAUGAAUCCAGUGAAGAAAAGUGUAAUGUGUUUGUCAGUCAUUCGAUUUAUCAUUCUAACCAUUUAACAAGAGCAUACAUUUCUCAGAGCUUUUGGAACUGAUGAUUUUUCUCUCUCCUCCCAAUUACACAAAGAGAUUUAGUAGGCGAGAUAAUAGCUUCCAAAUUACAGUAUUUUCACACAGAAUAUAUUUUCUUACCAUGACUGACUGUGCACUAAAGACAUCUUAAAGCACUGAGACAGGCAAUUUGAUGAUCUGAUGCAAGGCGGCAAAUUACUACUAUUAUUUGAAACUAUUACUAUUAUCAAAUCCUGCUUAUCAAGAAGAGGCUUCUCCUCACAUUGUGCUCCAAAAAGUCGACAUAAUGUCCAAAUAUCCGUACUGCAAACCUCUGCAAUGCUAAAAAAGAUCUGUUUAUCAUUGGCUGUCGAAAAUGGAAAUCACUUCUUACUCUUAUCCUGUUUAGUCAGCCAUAAAACAUGUAUUUUAAGAAUGAAAAAAUCAGUUGUUUUGCAUUUUGCAUAGCAAGUUUCUUGUGUUUUAUCACCUCCAGUGAUCGACUACUUGUUUGUAAUUUAAUGUCUUUUUUAUGAUUCUUACACAGUAAACAUGUACACCUUCUUUUUUCUUUUUAUUAUUAGCAUUGCAUGCAGGGUGGAAAUCAAGCAAUCAGAUCAAAAAUCCUAACUACAUAAAUAUCUUCAGUUAUUUUCUCCAUUGUUAUCACUGUUAAGGAUCACUGUUACCCACAUAAUAAAUAACUAUAACAAUCUGAGACAGGGUAAGUCUUCAGAGCAUCUUAAGACAGUUUAGUUAUGGACGUUACCAUCGAGAGAGAUCGGUUGAAUUAGAAGUCCUUCCUGUAAAAUAAUGCUGCUGAAAAUAAACUAACAAAGGUGUUUUUGUGCUAGCA